CCCUUAAUUUGCUUCCAAUACUCUUCACCAUUUGAGCUGAUUUGAGAUAGUAAUUAAUGGAUAUCGAGCGUCUCCACAACAACCUCGUUGAGCUCCAUUGGGAGCUUAUUCAUGAAGGGUUUUUAAAUGAUCAUUAUAUGACUUUGCGCGGAUUGGAGACUGAGCCAGGAUCACUUAGCAACACCAUGGAGACUUACCUUAAGAGUUGCUUUGAGAACAUCUUGCAACUUAGUUACCUUACUGACGAGGAGCCCGUUGACAUGAGGAGGGUGUACAGGGUGAUCUUCAGGAUCAAGGGUGGUUCUUCAUGCAUCGGUGCUGCAAGAAUGGUCACAGCUAGCCAAACCCUCCUCACUUCCCGUAGAACUGUUGAUAACCGUGAAAGGGUUAUGCAGCUACUAGACAACCUCCAAGACGAGUAUUCCCUUCUGAGGGACAAGCUUGAUGCUUUAUUUACGAUCGAGCGCCAGAUAAUCCAUGCUGUAGGGAGGGUCAGAAGAUGGUGGUGAUCGAUGAAAGAAUUCGAUCGUAAUUGAAAGGGGGAUCCUAUAUAUGUGUUCUAUAAUUAGCUUCAUGAUCAUAUUUAUGUAGAAUCCUAUGACGUUAUUUUC